CAUGCUGUUGAAGACAAGCCGACCAUUCUACGCUUUGAUCCAGAUCGUGUUGUGCAGCAAGAAUGUCUCAUUACAACAUUCCAAGAUGCUUAUUUCUACACCAAAAGUUUUGAGGAGGCCCUGCAAAAGCUCAGAAUGUUCACUAGCAACAUGAAUCGUCCUUUUGUGGUCCGCUACAACCCUUACACGGAAAGUGUGGAGGUAAAUUUUUGGAUUCUGUUGAAUAGCGAUUUAUGGGAAAAAACCGUCAAAUGGCAAGAGAUGGCAUAA